AUGGGUACCUUCAACAGUGAUUUACUUUGCAAAAUCUGUAUGUCAAACAUCCCAAUGGAUUCCUCAUACAUCUUUGGUCGUUACUAUGGUUUAAGAGCUAGCCCACCAAGAGUUAUCGGUGGUGUUUUACGUACUGAAGCUGACGCCUGGUUCGGUUCAUACUGUAGCAAACCAACUUCAAUCUAUUACAUUAAACCACAAUGUGUCUGUACCAACACUACUUCACCAUUAAAGAUUGAUCAAACUCGUUACUCCUCAUGGUUUGAAAACGGUAAAACUGUCUCUCAAUUCGGUGGUAUCAUCACCAACACUGGUUCAGUAACCGUCACCAACCCAAUCUUCACCUCAUCUCCACUCCGUCCAAACUCAAUCUGGGGUCUUGCUGUUGAUGAAACCAAAAAUACUUGGGCUCUCCAAUGGUAUCCAGUCAUCCAACCAGGUCAAACUUUCUCAUUCGGUUACAUCAUCGACGGUGAAGACCAAAUUGCUUUCCAACCAACUGCAUAA